AUGCGGCGGAAACCGAAAAAUGAACUGAAGGCAACGGGCCGCGCGGAGCGGCAACAGCGACUGCCUCCGCGAGACUCUUUGCUGCAGCAGCAGCAGCUGCUGCUGCAGCAGCAGCAGCAGUUGCUGCAGCAGCAGCUGCUGCAGCAGCAGCAGCAAUUUGUUUCCUGGAGCCUGAGCAGCAGGCGCGCGCACCAGGAGCAGCAAAGCCCCCAUCCCCCAAGAGACAGUUUCUCUUUUGCUGCAGUGGAAGCAAAAGUGCUGCUGUCCCUUUACCCUCCAGCCUCUCCGCUGCUGCUGCUGCUGCUGCUGCUGCUGCUGCUGCUGCAGCAGCAGCAGCAGCCCCCAAGCUCGAAGAUGCACAUUUUGGGGCUUUGCGAGUGCGCCUGCAUGCAGCGGCGGGGGCCUGGGGUAGCUGCUUCCAGCCGCCGCUUGGUGCCCCCAGCAGCAGCAGCAGCAGCAGCAGCAGCAGCAGAAGGGGGGCCCCCUGCUGCUGCGCUGAAGGAGGCCCCAAACUCUGCAGCACAAGCCGAGUUUAUGCGGCUGGGGGGGCCCCCCCCCGGGCUCGCCGGGGGGCCCCCCGACAGGGGCCCCUGGGGGGGCCCCCAGUGGGGGGCCCCCCAGGGGCCCCCAGGGGACUCAUCCAGGUUUGGCGCUGGGGGCUCCGGACGCGCAGACACGCGGGGGCGCGCACCGACGCCGCAGACCCUGCUGCAGCGCAGCAAGCAGCAGCAGCAGCAGCAGCAGCAGCAGCAGCAGCAGCAGCUGCGGCUGGGAGAGCUGCGAGUCGGGGAGGACUGGAGGCCCGGGGGAAGACAAGAGAGGCCUCUUGCUGCAGCAGCAACAGCAGCAGCAGCAGCAGCAGCAGCAGCGGGGAAGAGGGAAGGCAGCAAAAAGGAGUCUCGGCGAAGAGGCGGGGGCUGGCGGGAGUGGAGGCUGGGGUGUACGUACACCCCAGCGGCAGAGCCGGCUCUGCUGCAGCGCCAAGUUUGGCGAAAAGUCGGAAGUUUGGAAAAGGAAAAAAGAAAGAAAAAAGGGAAAAGAAAAGGAAAAGAAAAGAAAAAGACGGCGAGUGGAGCUGCUGCUGCUGCUGCUGCUGCUGCAGCUGCAGCGGGAGGAGAGCCGCGAGUUUUGCUGCUGCUGCAGACAGAAAAGGACAACAA